AAGGCGUGGGAUUUUGUUCGCGUCUUGUUGUGGUCCUUUGCUUCGCGCUGCUGAUUGAAUGGACGCUCGCGGUCUCUAAGGGGAAGUGUGUUGCUUGAAGGGAUCCAGACCUCUUACUCGCAGACGUCCCAUUGCCGAUGAUCGGCUUCAUUUCUCGCCUGCAAUGGAGGAUUCGGCAGUGUCGGUGCUGAAGCGGGCGGUGGAACUGGACGAGGCGUCUCGCUACCAGGAGUCACUUGUUUGCUACCAGGAAGGGGUUGCUCUCCUGCUGAAAGUGCUCAGAGCUACAAAGGAUGAGAAGAAAAAGAAUCAUUACAAAGAUAAAAUAUCAGGUUACAUAGACAGAGCAGAAUAUAUUAAGAAAUACCUUGAGAAAGAGAAAGAAGAUGGAAAAUACCAUAAACAAAUUAAAAUUGAAGAAAAUAUGAAAGGUUUCUGUUACGAAAAGUUAUUCCAAGAAUAUCUUGAUAAUACCGUUACAGAGGUGUGGGUUGAAGACCCUUACAUUAGACAAGUUCAUCAGUUGUAUAACUUCUUAAGAUUCUGUGAAAUGCUUGUUAAAGGACCAUGCAAAGUGAAAAGAAUACAUCUUGUUACCUCUCAUGAAGAAGGCAGUAAAAAGAAUCAACAGAUGAAGAUCCUAGAAGAAAUAGAACAGUCUCUGAAGGGUUUUGGUGUAGCACUUGAUGUAUUAUUUUCCCCUUCAAUCCAUGAUCGAGAAAUUAGAUUCAACAAUGGAUGGGUGAUUAAAAUUGGAAGGGGGCUUGAUUAUUUUAAGAAACCAGAGGGUUCUUUUUGCCUUGGAUAUUGUGACUUUGAUUUGAGACCAUGUCAUGAAACCACAGUAGACAUUUUUCACAUUAAACAUACGAAGAAAAUGUGAUACCCACUCCUGACAGCCAUUAUGUCUAACAAGGUGUACUAUUUUUAUAAAAUAAAACUGACUUGUAAUGUUUUUCAAAAGUUAAUCCUCAUCACUUUGAGAAGCAUGUCUAAUCCAAAGGACAUGUGUCCACACAGGAUUUUGUAUUCUUAAAAGGAGUUGUAAAUACUUCUUAAACCCUGUUGAAGACCACUCUUCUUAUUUCCUCGUUUAUACAAACUACCUUAUUUUUUUACCUUAACUCUAUUGCUGAUGAAUACUUGGAAAAGCUCCUUGGCUACUGUACUUCUCAUGGGGUGCAACCCUAUGCAUGCUUAGUCGAAACAAGUAUUAGAACUUUCAGCAUUAACCAGCUGGCCAUGGGUGCCCAGGAGGGAGGUGUGCUUUUAUCUAAAACAUUUCUUGUUUCCACUGAAGCAAUUUGUACUGCUAAAAAACAAGCUGACCUUUAAAUGUAAGUUUUAAAUUUUAAAAUGAAUAAUUGACUACUUCUUUGCUAUAUGAUGGAAACUUCUAAGAAUACUUUGACAGCAGUUUUAUUUUUAUGAAGACACCAGGGACAAUCUGCCAAUGCAGCAAAGAUGCGCUUAGUUCCCAGAUGAUCAUUUAAGAAGCACUGAACUAAGCAAAGCCAUUCCAAACAAAGUAUUUUAGGAGUCACCAAAACAACUAGCUCUAUCUUUGAGGAUGUGUUAGAGGCUAUAGCCAUGUAGACUAAACAUAUCCAGCAGGCAUCUCUAUGUCAUUUGCAACACGCUGCUGGCAUGCAGGCACACAGCAAUGAGGAGCGGCAAAGCAGGUGCCCAUGGGUGCGUGGCAGUGUGGAGCGGGCAUUGAAAGCCCCGACACACCAUGGGUCUCGGGCCCUCCCCUAGCAAACGCUGUGAAUUUUGAGGCAUUCCUUGACUGAAGUAACUCUGGCAACUCAAUGAAGUAACAAGGGGGUUCUAGAGUCAGCCAUGGCAGCAAUCACUUCUGUCACAGGAACUUGCUGGUAUUAUGCCCCAACAAUGGUUUCUCCCUGAUUUGAAUUCAAGAUCAUGGUGUACGUAUGCACAACAUGAAAAAUAUUGUGUCCAACUAGGCAAUGUAUGGGGAUAGCAGUUUAUA